AAUGGCAGCGACGAUUCUUCGUCCUUUAUGAACACGGCUGCUUGCGCUUCGCUCUGGAUGAAUCGCCAAGCACGCUACCGCAAGGGACGGUCAACAUGAACCUGUGCACCGAUGUGAUCGACGCUGAGGCCAGAACCGGACAGAAGAACGCUCUGUGCAUCAACACCCCAGAGCAGGAGUACUACAUACGAGGAGACAACAAGGAGAUCAUCAAUGGAUGGACUGAACAGCUUGUGGUUUAUCCCAGAACCAACAAGCAAAAUCAAAAGAAGAAGCGCAAAGUGGAGCCAGCAACCUCACAGGAACCAGGCCCAGCGAAGGUAGCGGUGACCGGCUCGGGCAUCCCAGAAGCGGAGAAGACGCCAGACUGCAGUUCCAUCAUAUGGCCAAGCAGAGAGACGGAGGAGUCGCAGACGUGGAGCGAGAUGCCGCCUGUCGGCUCACCACUGCCCUCUGCAGGUGCGGAAGACAUCCAGACUAGGGCUGUCGGUUUAACCGGUGAGGGCUCGAUGGUGAGCCGGUGCUCGAAUCAGAGCUCUGUGAACGGGGACGAGGUGGAUCGGAGCGGGCUCUUCUUCCACUCGGCUGUUUCCCAGCCCUCUCAUGACCCCCUGUCGCCCGCGGGCAGCUCGUCCAGCCGGCACAGCACAGAGAUGGGGGGCGUCCCGCGCUGCCUGUCCCCUGCAUCCAGCGACCCCUUCCCAUCAGGCAGCAGCCUUCUGUCCAACGGUUCCCACAUCAGCGGCUCCAUGAGCUCUCUGGACUCGGAUGCCAGCGGCAGCACCUCUCUGUCCCGCCGCGGAGACGCAGAGAACCGCAAGCCUGAGAAACGGAGCCGUCUGCGCAGCCCGGAGAGACAGGAGUCUGUGUUCAGCCCGGAGAGAAGGCUGGUUCAGUGCGAGGUUUGGUGGUUUCUCAACAAUGUGAGCGGUCGAGAUUUUGAUCAGGCCUCUUGUUUUUAUGGCAUUCUUUACUGA